AUGCAAGAGCACAUUAGGCGCGCCCAUCCUGAACACUACAUCUCGAAGCUCCCUGCCACCGAAGAGAGCUUCCUUCUCAUGAUCAAUACUCCGCCUUCUGAACGAACACCAGCUCAGCAGCAGAAUUCCACUCCCGCUACAGCCAAUGCUGCCCAGCCGCCGGUCAACCAGCAGGGCGCAUCUAUGCCACCGGCUGCGAGCGCGGCGGCCGCCCUCGCUCAACUUCAUGGCCACCGAGGAGAACACGAAUGGGACUCAGAAGGGGUAAAAAUCCCGCCAGUCGAUUUCAAGAUUGGAAGGGAGAUGCUAAAACACCCUUGGCAACAGCAGGACUGGCAUCCCGAUGCGGACGGUCGGAAGAUUCCACGCUCGUCGAUCGAACUGCCCCCAAUCCACAUGUCAAGCAGUGAUGUCACGAGCGACCCCUUCUCUAACCCAAACAGGCCGAGAGACCUGCUCCCUUCAAUCUUACCCGGCUCACCGCCCGGGAGGUCUUCCACUCUACCUCCCCUGCACCGAGGUCUCGGGCCCACGCGACCCCGAAAGCAAUCCGUCACAAAACGUGGGAGGGAGGCCCACCACAAAAAGCAGAAGUCAAAGGGCUCGACGAAUGACUGGCUGCGAAGAAUCCAAAAUGACGACCGUCUCCGGCCCGGCAUAAACGACCGAAAGGCGUUAUCGGCGGAGCCGACCGCUGACUUUGGAAAGAGGUGGGAGGAUCUGAUCGAUGCCGCUGACCAAGCAGCCUCCGCAGCUGGCGAUGUGGAUGAAGACAGAACUCCCAGCAAGGGCACGACGGAAAUGCCCUCGAUGUGCAACGAUUGGCGGUCGAUUUAA